CGGGGAGCGGGGAGCUGGGGCUGGCCGGCGCUCGGCUCCCAGCGGCGCCUCUUAGGGCCACUCGCGCUCCUGCGCCCGGCCGGCUUCAUGUGAAGCGCUGGCCCUCCGCCCCCUCCCUCCCCUUCCUUCCCUCCCUUCCUCCCGUUCCCUCCUCCUCCUCCUCCUCCUCCUCCUCCUACUCCUCCUCCUCCUGCGCCCGCGGCCCGGGGCCCCCAGCCCGACCCGGCGCUGACAGCAGGGGCGGGGGUCUCCGCCGCCGCCUUGUCUCGCGCAGGCUCGGGCUGGGGCAGCGGAGCCCCGGGUGCGGCCAUGGACCGACCCCUGGUGGCGUCGGCGGAGGCGGAGGAGGAACUGGAGUGGCAAGUGGCGAGUCGCAGAAGGAAGGCCUGGGCCAAGUGCCGCGGGUCCUGGCAGGCGUCGGAGACGGAGGACCUGUCCACAGAAACGACGACGCAGGACGAGGACGAGGACGACGAGGAGGACGAGGAGGACCUCCCGGGCGCGAAGCUGCCGGCGGCGGCGGGUAGAGGAAACGUGCCCAACGAGAAGAUCGCGAUAUGGCUCAAGGACUGCCGUACCCCUUUGGGAGCCUCACUGGAUGAGCAAAGCAGUAGUACACUCAAGGGUGUGCUUGUGAGAAAUGGAGGAAGUUUUGAAGAUGAUUUGUCACUGGGAGCUGAAGCCAACCACCUCCAUGAAACUGAUGCUGAAAUUGAGAACAGCAAUAAUAUCUUGGCCAAAGAGAGGAGACUACAGUUUCAUCAGAAAGGGAGAAGUAUGAAUUCCACUGGAUCUGGGAAAAGCAGUGGGACAGUUUCCAGUGUUUCAGAAUUGUUGGAACUUUAUGAGGAAGAUCCUGAAGAAAUUCUUUAUAAUCUUGGGUUUGGAAGAGAUGAACCAGAUAUUGCUUCUAAAAUUCCUUCGAGAUUUUUCAGUUCAUCAUCGUUUGCCAGAGGAAUAGAUAUUAAAGUAUUUCUCAGUGCUCAGAUGCAACGGAUGGAAGUAGAAAACCCAAAUUACGCUUUAACAAGCCGUUUUCGUCAAAUUGAAGUGCUUACUACUGUGGCCAAUGCAUUUUCUUCUUUAUAUUCACAAGUCUCUGGGACUCCCCUGCAGAGAAUUGGAAGUAUGACCUCAGUGACCUCUACUAAAGAGACAGACUCACCUCCACCUUUAACCCGAAGUAACACUGCAAAUCGUUUAAUGAAAACACUAUCAAAACUAAAUUUGUGUGUUGAUAAAACAGAGAAAGGAGAAGGUGGUACUACUCCUUACUCAGCAAUUGAAAAAGGAAAAAUUCUGAAUGUUUCAGUGAGUGAAGAAAUUGGCAAUAAAAAUGAUCAAAAGUCUCAAAAGAUUGUAAAGAAGAAAGACUCAUCUUCUAUGUUGGCUACAGUCAAAGAAGAAGUAUCAGGUAGUUCAGCAAGUAUUAUGGAGAGUGCUGACCUUGAUAGACUUUCUGAGGAAGCAGACAGAAGUUUGAACCAAGAAACUGAAAGUGAACAAAGUAAAGAAACCCAAAGUCAUGAUAAACUUGGUGAGGAAUCUGGUAUUAGAAAACCUGAGUUAGAUAGCAGUUUCAACAUGUCCAGCCACAGUAAGCUGGAGAAUGGCACUGAGGGGAAAACUGUCCUUGUGUCCACAGCUGAGAAGGAGCCCUGUGCACCACUGACCAUCCCAUCCAUAAGAAAUAUAAUGGUACAGCAGAAGGACUCCUUUGAAAUGGAAGAGGUUCAAAGUACGGAGGGAGAAGCUCCUCAUGUUCCAGCUACUUAUCAGCUAGGUCUCACUAAGUCAAAAAGAGAUCACCUCUUACGAACUGCCAGCCAGCAUUCUGACAGCAGUGGUUUUGCUGAAGAUUCAACAGACUGCAUCUCUGUGAAUCAUCUUCAGGUUCAGGAGCCCCUGCAGGCCAUGGGGAGUAGUGCUGAUAGCUGUGACAGUGAGACAACAGUCACAUUUGGUGAAGAGCUUGUCACACCAACAGCACAAGACCAGCCUUAUUUUAAUGAAUCGGAGGAGGAGUCUCUCGUUCCUCUUAAGAAGGGAAGAGAAGAGAAGGCAGAGACAGUUGCUGACAAAAGGGGGUCAGAUAGCCAGGAUUCCCCCCAGUGCGAGACUGUUCAGAAUACAGGAAAUAAACAGUCCACCUGUGGUGCAGGGCAUCACGCUACUGAAAUUACUGAAAUAGAAGUGGAUUUGUCCCCAGCACAGCCAGUGGAACUGCCGAGGGAAGCAAGUGCUGAAAGCGAUGUGGAUAAAAGCACUGAAUGCGAAUUUGUCCAGUAUACCACACACCAUAUUCUCAAGUCAUUGGCUUCUCUUGAAGCAAAAUGCAGUGAGAAAGGCUCUGAAAAUAUAACUGGGCCUCCCUCUUCGGUGGACAAAGUUACUACAGCUUUGCAAAGAGCUCAAAUGAAGAUAUGUGGUCUGUCUAAUCAAAGAGUAGGGCGUAGCUUGAUAAAAUCGAAAGAUCUGUUAAAACAGAGGUACUUGCUUGCAAAAGCUGGCUAUCCUCUAAGAAGGUCGCAGUCUUUACCGACCACCUUGCUGAGCCCAGUAAGGGUCGUGUCCUCUGUUAAUGUUCGCUUGUCCCCAGGAAAAGAGACCAGAUGCAGUCCACCUUCCUUCACCUAUAAGUACACAUCUGAAGAGGAACAGACGUUAGAAAAAGAGGUGGUUGAGCAUGAUGGUCAGUCUUUAGUUAAAUCCACUAUUUUCAUCUCUCCAUCAUCUGUGAAGAAAGAAGAAGCCUCUCAGAGAGACGCGAACCAGUUGGAGGAGUGUCAUAAUCGAAGGACUCCUGCCUGUUCACUGUAUGCUCCAGCACCGAUCUCUCGGUCCACCUGCUCCCUCCACUCCCUGCACUCGGAGUGGCAGGAAAGGCCCUUGUGUGAGCACAUGAGAACUCUGAGCACCCACAGCGUUCCCAACAUAUCCGGCGCCUCCUGUAGUUCCUUCACUUCCCCUUUCGGGUGUUCUUACUCACAUAGACAUGCUGCCUAUCCUUACCGGGCGUGCUCUGCCAACCCGCCUUCUGCCAUCGAAAUGCAGUUACGAAGAGUAUUGCAUGAUAUUAGAAAUUCACUGCAGAAUCUUUCACAGUACCCUAUGAUGAGAGGACCUGAUCUUGCUGCUGCUCCAUAUAGUAUUCCGAAAUCAUCUGUUCUACCUCUUUAUGAAAAUACUUUUCAGGAGCUCCAGGUAAUGAGGCGGAACCUGAAUUUGUUUAGAACGCAAAUGAUGGAUUUAGAAUUGGCAAUGCUGCGUCAGCAAACCAUGGUUUAUCAUCAUAUGACUGAGGAGGAGAGGUAUGAAGUUGAUCAGCUCCAGAGUUUGAGAAAUUCAGUCCGAAUGGAGCUUGAAGACUUGGAGCUGCAGCUGGAAGACCGUCUGCUGGGCCUGGAGGAGCAGCUGCGAGCCACGCAUAUACCUUCCGCCUUCCGCUCCUCAGCACUUGUGGGAUUGUGUGGCAGCAGAAGCGCUGAUAACUUGUCAUGCCCUUCUCCAUUGAAUGUAAUGGAACCAGUCACUGAACUGAUGAGGGAACAGUCAUAUCUGAAAUCUGAAUUGGGCCUGGGACUUGGAUUUGAUAUUCCUCCUGGAGAGAGCUCAGAAUCUGUGUUCUCCCAAGCAACAUCAGAGUCAUCGUCUGCGUGUUCUGGUUCUUCUCCCGCUAAUAGAAGAGCUGGACUAUCCUCUAGUGACUCAGCAGGCAAACCCAAGACCCGUCGGGGAUCAAGCAAGAAAGUAUUCCGAGCAUCUGUGGCCCUAACGCCAACUGCUCCUUCUAGAAUGGGCUCUGUGCAGACACCUCCAGAAGUGGAAAGUUCUGAGGAAGUGGGAGCAGCUGAAGAAGGCUCAGAGGCUGUAGGACCUAAAUCUGAAGUGGAAGAAGGGUAUGGCAAAACCCCAUUAACGCCAACUGCUGAGGAAAUGCAUAAAAAUGUGGAGCAAGAUGAGUUGCAGCAAGUCAUACGGGAGAUUAAAGAGUCUAUUGUUGGGGAAAUCAGACGGGAAAUUGUAAGUGGACUUUUGGCAGCAGUAUCUUCAAGUAAAGCAUCUAAUUCUAAGCAAGAUAGUCAUUAAAUGGAGUUAAUAGGUUGGCAUGGAUCGUAUUAGCUGUGUAAUACUGGGGAUAUCAAUGAUAUACACUGGUGGAGGUGUUAUGUGUGCUUCAGAAGAUACUUGCUGCUAAGCUGGGCUACUGUAUACUGUGUACAAUGUUUAUUUCUUCGAUGCAUAUCUUAUUUUAAAAGCAUACAUAUAAAUAGGCACUUUGCUGACUUUCUUUUCUAAGCUAUCGAAACUGUAGCCAUUUGAAAAGCUUAAUAUUUAUUUGUAUGUCAAUAUUUUCCAGUUGAUUUCCUAUGUAGAAUUAAUUUUAAAACUUGAAAACUUCCAGACUUAACCAACUUAUAAAUAACAUACUUCUUCAGAUUAGCUUCCUUAAACACUGACCUCUAUGAGGUAUUUACUGUGCAAUAACUGAUUCAUUUGUUGAGAGCUUGAAGCAACCAAUGAUUUUCCCUCCACUGCUGUUAAUUAGUGUCACUUCCAAGAAGAAAAAUUAUUCUGUUGUGAAAAAUUGCUCUUAAUUCUUGAGGAAGUUACUAAUAGCAGUAGGAUAGAAUUAUAUGACGUUAUCUACAACUACUUAAAUGUUUUACACUGUAAGCAUUGUUACUUUACCCAAGACAAAUUUAAUUUUAUUAUAGCUUAUAUAGUAUUUUUCUUUUGGAAAUGUGCCUUAUGUUAAACACUAUGUACUUUUUGCAUUGUCGAGACUUCUUUAUUAUAAGGAGAUGUUUCUUCUUCUGUCUUUUAGACUAAGUAGAAUAUUGCCAAAAUAAUGGGGCCUGCGACUUGAAUGGAUAGAAAUAAGCUGGUUUUGUGUUCUCAAAAUGGAAUUAAUUUAGACUUGUUCUCCUCAUAGUAGAUGGUUUUAAUUUAGUUUUAACCAUUGAGAACUGUUUGUUUUUAUGGAAAAAAAAAGUAAGGUCGUUUGCUAUUUGGUUAUAUAUGUGUUAAAUAAAUAUGUAAAGUAACAACCAAAUGUUGUUAGAAUUAUUCCUUUAGCAUUUAUAAUUUUCAACUCCCAUUAUAUUUCUUUGUGUGAAAUUUUAAUCAAAAGUGGUUGAGAUGUUAACAAUAUUCUUUGAAAGACAAUCUAAAAGGUUUAUAAAUAUUUGAAUUAUCACACAAAGGCUGAUUUCUAAAAAAAAAAAAAAAAUUAAAAGAAUAAAGUAUUUAUUUUACCUAA